AUGGUUUUCUGGCAGGAGACACCCCGCACCCCGCCCGGUCGCCCGCCCGCCAUGUGCGCGCGUCAUUACCUCCAGCCUGGGAACUCCUCCUUCCGGCCCUCUGCCCGCCUGGCGCCGGUCUGCGCCAAUGGCAGCCCUUACAGCAACCGCAACGGCCACCUUGCGGGGCUCGCCGGUGACAGCCUUCUUCUCCCCAUCCUCUUCCUCGGCGAUAUGACACGCCCAGACCGAUCGCAACGGACGAUCCCAGCCCUUCAGUCUACCAGCAACGCGGAUAUUCUCCGCAAGGGCUGCAGGCCUAGCGGUCAGCAGGCUCCGGUCAUAGCGCACCCCGAGUAA